AUGUAUGGCGGUUAUGGUAGAAGGGGUGGUUUCCCCCGAAGAGGGUAUCCUGGUGGCUACUACAGAUCUUAUAACGAAACUGGAUGCAUGUUUUGCACGGGAGUUUCUGAAAGUCAACAGUCACACCAACGCCAUCAAUGCCCUGACUUUCGCCAGCUGAAACAGAAAACGUCGGAUAAACCGUACGUCAAGGCAAAAUUGAGCGACGAAGACGAGCAGGGUUUUGCUGCUGCUGGCUUUCUGCUGUGGAAGAAAGGAAACAAGAAUAAUCUGCAAGUCUUAAUGGCGCGAGAAUAUCGCCAUGAAAGCGAUCUUUUAAAUUUCCUUGGUGGAAAACGGUUAAGAAAAUCGGAGAGUGCAAUCGAGGUUGCAUUAAAGAAAGUCAAUAUGGAGAGUGGACGGCAGCUUUCUCGGGACUGCCUCGUAAGGUAUGAAACAUGCACCACUUGUGCAUUGGAGCGGUAGAUCGGCUUCGAAAUACGCCCUGUUCCUUUAUGAAGUCACAUCGUGGCGAGAUUGCGAGGUUGAUGUUCUAGCUGCAGGUUUGAGACAAGAAGGGGUAAAAAGACUUGAGUGGGUUUCUUGUCAAGAAUUAAAGUCGACCUCAUUGCACUGUGAGCUGCACGAUUUUGCCAAAGAAAUGGUUCAAGCGUUGUCUGAUCCGACCUGUGACGUCCUUGCUAACAUAGAAGAGUUAUUUGAGACAGCAAAGACGGCUGGCGAAGCAAGCAAGGUGAAGGAUGAUACCCAAGAAAAAACUCAAUUUGAUUUUAAUGUCAUUGCUGCCCUAACAUCAUCCGCCAACUUGGCAAAGGGCUUUUCGACCACCGGUAAUCUAACCUGGGGUAACAUAACUGACGCUGUCAAAUCGCUGCAUAAUAAUGAUAUACGUAAAUUGCGACUAAAGUAUCAUCCAGACCGUUUGGGCAGGCAGUUAGGACGAGACCCCACCGAACUUGAAAAGAAAGCUUCCACUAAGGCAACACAAAUCCUAAACCGAAUAUUGGAUAUGGUCAAAGACCCAAGCCAGGCACCAUCACGUUCAUCUUCAAGUGGUGAUGUUUUCACAACAAUUAAAGAACUGAAUGAACUUAUUAAAAAAUAUCAUGGUGGUGAUGAUGAUGAUUGUGAUGACCAAAUUGCGGCAGCUAUCACAGCUAAACUUUCUGAAAUAAAACUGAGAUGA